AUGGCUUUGAGCAUCCCUAGUGCUUCCGCUCGUCAGUGGAAGUAUGAUGUGUUUUUAAGUUUCAGGGGUGAAACUCGCCAUGGUUUUGUAUCCCAUUUAUAUGAUGAAUUGGAAAGCACAGGAAGGAUUAAGACAUUCAUGAAUGAGGAAAAGCUGGAAGUAGGGAAGGCUAUUUCUCCAAAUCUGCUAAUGGCAAUCGAAGAAUCAAGGUUGGCUAUAGUUGUUCUGUCGCCAAACUAUGCUUCUUCUCCUUGGUGUUUGGAUGAACUUGCAAAGGUUCUUCAAUCCAUGGAAGGGAGGGACAGAAUCCUGCCAAUUUUCUAUCAUGUGGAUCCUUCUCAUGUACGACAUCAACUGGGGAGUUUUGCAGAAGCCUUUACUAAGCAUGAAGAAAAUUCUAGGCACAGCAAAGAGAAGUUGGACCAGUGGAGACUUGCUUUAAAAAAUGUGGCCGAUCUCUCUGGAUGGGAUACGAAAAAUUGUCGGUACUUCAAGUUCCACCACGGCCUAUUCCAAUUGAGUUCAAAGCGCAGCCCACUGAUGAUUUUGAAUCAACUAGACGGGCCUGGAAUGACCUCAUUAAGGCACGUACGGAAAGAUGAUGAAAUCACUGCCAUCGGGGUAUAUGGCAUGGGAGGAGUUGGCAAGACAACUCUGGUGAAACAUGUCAGCGCACAAGCUCGAGAACUUGGGCUUGUUAAUUAUGUGAUUAGGGCUGUUGUAGGCCAGAUCCCUGAAUUGAGAAAUAUUCAAGGCACAUUGGCUGAUCAGCUGGGAUUAAAAUUCAAGAAGGAGGAGACAGAAAUUCGAAGAGCCGCUAGAUUGCUGGAGGGGAUAAUGAGAGGAAAUAAGAUCCUCAUAGUCUUGGACAACGUUUGGCAGAGAAUAAAUUUGUCAAGAAUAGGAAUCCCCUCCUACAACGAGCUUCAUGGAUGCAAUUCCAAACUCAUACUAACCUCAACGAGAAUGAAUAUUUGCUAUUCCAUGGAGUGCCAAGCAAGAAUUCAUCUCGAUACCUUAUCAGAAGAAGAUUCUUGGAACCUUUUUGUGGAGAAAUAG